GUAGUUAUGAAGAGGUGUAAACAUCAUCCAGGUAACUAGGUAACCCUGGGUAUUUAAGGAGGUGAGAAUAAAGGCUGAUCUUCUUUUAGGUGUGGACAGGUAUGAGAUAGGUUGGAUUGGACUAGUGAAAGGAGGAUUUGUAAAGCUGAGGACAUGUGUUUUGGAAGGUGUGCUAGAUGUAUUGGUUAUAAAUUGCUCAUCCUUGCCUUGCUCAGCAUUGUGGCCAACAUUUUACUUUAUUUUCCCAAUGGUGAAACAAGAUUUGCUUCAGAGCAUCAUCUCGGCAAAUACGUGGAAUGCCUUCAUGGCAUUCUAGGUGGAGGCUUUUUGGUACUUAUUCCAGCUGCAGUAUUCAUUGGGCUUCACAAUGAUGACUGCUGUGGGUGUUAUGCACAUGAGGACUGUGGUAAAAGCUGUGCGUUGCUCUCCUCAGUUCUGGCAGCCUUUAUAGGGAUCCUUGGUUCUGGAUACUGUAUAAUCAUUUCAUCACUGGGCUUGUCUCAUGGACCGUAUUGUUUUACUCGUCUAGGAAGAAACUGGAUGUAUCCUUUCACUGAAUCCUCUGGAGGGUACUUGUUUGAGUAUAACAAGUGGUCUGAAUGUCAAGAACCUCAAAAUAUCGUGCAGUGGAACGUCACCCUCUUUUCCAUCCUCCUUGUUGUGGGAGGAAUAGAGUUCAUUCUGUGCUUCAUACAGAUAAUCAAUGGCAUUCUUGGAGGAGUCUGUGGGUUGUGCUGCAGUCACGAGGAGACAUAUGUUUGCUAGAAACCUGACAAUGCAUUGACAUCGGUGCAUGUGUGUGGUCUGUUUGGGUUUUUUAUAUUCCAUGCAUAUUAAAAUGCACAUUGUUUGUUGUCAAACUGUGCUGUUGCCAUCAAUUUAACUGACUUGGGGCCAGCCUUUGUUGUUGGAGUCGUAUGCAUGUUUUCCACUAACCAGCCUGUAUCUAAAGGCAAAAUGCAUUCUGAAUUUCUUUGGCUCAUUUCAUCUUAGUAUGGGAACUACCUGAACACGUCACUAAAGAUGCUUUUUUUUUUUUUUUUUUUUUCUACUGACACAACAAUUCUGUACUUCAUGCUGCUUUCCCAAUAAAGUUGCACUUUCAUUCUGAUGUUGGAAUGAACAGAAACCCAAUCUAGUCUGGCUUGGAUAUAAAUGAAUACUCAGCUGGAGCAAAAACAAAGGAGCAGUAAAAUGCGGAUGAUCGAGGGCAGAUACAUGCACUUCACCUUUUCAGGAUUUUUCUGAACUUCUCCUGUAUUUCACAAAUAAAGAUUUGUAUUAAAAAUA